AUGGACCAUUUUCCUAGGGAGAAAGAUGAAAGGCAAAGAACAGGGAAAGGCAAUCCUGGGAGAAGCUCCCACAGCUCCCGAGCGUCAAGUUCCUCGUCGGCCUCUGGCGUCCUCAUGGUCGGUCCCAAUUUCCGAGUUGGCAAGAAGAUAGGCUGCGGCAAUUUCGGAGAGCUCAGGUUAGGCAAAAAUCUUUACACAAAUGAAUACGUAGCAAUCAAACUGGAGCCAUUAAAAUCCCGUGCCCCCCAGCUGCAUUUAGAGUAUAGAUUUUAUAAACACAUUGGCUGUACAGAAGGCUUCCCCCAAGUAUAUUAUUAUGGCCCAUGUGGAAAGUACAAUGCCAUGGUACUCGAGCUCCUCGGACCAAGUUUGGAGGACUUAUUUGACAGCUGCGAUAGAACGUUUACUCUGAAGACUGUCUUAAUGAUAGCCAUCCAGUUGAUCACUCGAAUGGAACUGGUGCACUCCAAGAACCUCAUUUAUCGCGAUGUCAAGCCAGAAAACUUCCUUAUUGGCCGGCAAGGAAACAAGAAGGAACACGUCAUCCACAUAAUAGACUUUGGGUUGGCCAAGGAAUACAUUGAUCCGGAAACACAAAAACACAUCCCCUAUCGGGAGCACAAGAGCUUAACGGGAACUGCCAGAUACAUGUCUAUCAACACACAUCUUGGCAAAGAGCAAGGCCGGCGAGACGACCUGGAAGCCCUUGGCCAUAUGUUCAUGUACUUCCUACGGGGCAGUUUGCCGUGGCAAGGCCUUAAGGCCGAUACACUAAAAGAGAGAUACCAGAAGAUCGGGGACACAAAGAGGAACACUCCAAUUGAUGUUCUCUGUGAGAACUUCCCAGAGGAGAUGGCCACUUACCUCCGUUACGUCAGGCGAUUAGACUUCUUUGAAAGACCAGACUAUGAUUACUUACGGACAAUCUUCACGGAGUUAUUUGACAGGAGAGGAUUCAUAUUUGAUUAUGUCUACGACUGGGUUGGCAGGCCAAUUCCCACCCCAGUGGGACCCAUGCACGUAGAGUCCGGGCCAUCCAUGACCAGAGAGAGCCACAUGUACCGAGAACGAGCUUCGAUCCAGCCCCAACGAACUCAGGCUGCAUCCGAACGCCGAGGAGACUGGGAGGCCCCUCCACCAGUGCGGCAAACCAAUGCUUUGUUCCUGACCAGUCACUUGGCUUCAGAGCGGCACGGGGGAUCAGUCCAGGUGAUAAACUCCACCAACGGUGAGUUGAACAUGGACGAGCCACCAGGAGUCCCCUCUAGUACCCAAAUCGCAGAGCGUACCGAGGUGGAAGUUGUGGAGGAAGCUAAGUGCUGCUGCUUCUAUAAGAGGAAAAGGAGGAAGUCUUCCCAGCGCCACAAAUGACAGGCGUCUCCUUGAGGUCUU